AUACGUCAUAAAUCACCCAAGGGUUUGAUUUUUUCUUUAUGAUAUUUUCCCCCAAAUUUGAUCCAAACUGACCCAACAGAUUUCAACUUCUUAUGGGUUUCUUGCCCAAAUUCUUUCUUGAACAGAUGCGCGAUUGAAUUGCCAUAGAUUCCAAAACAGAUUCAAACUUUGACUUCUUGUUGAUUUGGGCAAAACCCCGGUUUUGACUUUGCAGAUUCAGUUCAGAUACUGAUUUUUUUGAAGUUAUGGAAGCUUAUAAGAGAUGGGUUCGGAGGAACAAGGAGUAUGUUCAUUCGUUAGAGUCUCUUGCUAAUGGAUUGACAUGGCUUCUUCCUGAGAGAUUUUCUGAGUCGGAAAUCAUACCCGAAGCAGUAACGUCAAUACUGGGUAUAGUGACAGCUGUCAAUGAACAUAUAAUUGAAACAACUCCAACAAAUCCAUCCCAAAUGCACACGAGACCUCCGGAAACAUCGUCUUUUCCAUACUCUUUGUUUUUGACUUUAAUGAAAGAUGUGGAAACGUUGGUUGAAGUUAUGGCACAACAUUUCUAUGGUGACGAUAAUAAAUGGAAUUUCAUUGCUGCUACAGAGGCCACAAAGGUACUAGCGAGACUAGCGUUAUUGAGAAAUAGCGGGUACAAAAUGCUAUUGCAUGGAGGUGAGACAGUAAAUGAUGAAAAAGGUCCAAACGAUGCAAACCAACCGCAGACCCGUGGACAUCCUUUCCAGCAGGGACGAAACGGUCAUUUUACAUAUGAAGGAAGAGCUCUCGCUGCAAUGAGUAGAUUUGGUGAAAACGCUAGGAUGAUUUCUGAUCCAACAUGGUUUCACAGAGCCGAACAUCAUCAACGUGCAAUUACGCAGCUUCCCGAAACCGACAUAAAAAGACCUACACUGUUGAGCUUCCUGUCUGAGAAAGGUCUUCCCGGUGGAUUAAUGAUAAUGGGAGAGGUGAUGUUUAUAGCAAGACCGCUCGUUUAUGUUCUAUUAAUAAGAAAAUACGGGUCCCGUUCAUGGCUUCCUUGGUUUGUCUCUUUGACCAUUGACCUCAUUGGGAUGAGCUCAUCGACAAUGUUGUUGACCAGUCAAAAUGCCCGGAAGCUUCAUUUAUCUGAUCCCGAGAAGGACGAGUUGAGAAGACGGAAACUGUUGUUGGCACUUUACCUUAUGAGAGACCCGUGUUUUGGCAAAUACACACGGCGAAGACUGGAAAGUACCGAGAAAACAUUGGGACAUGUCCCUGUUGUUGGGUUUCUUGCAGCAAAGCUGAUAGAGCUUUUGGUUGGAGCACAAACGCGUUACACAUACAUGUCUGGUUCUUGAGAGAAAAAGAAACAAAAUGGUAAGUUGUAUGUUUUUAUAGACUACAAGUAUCAUUAUUAGAAGUUUGAUAUGUAUGCAAUUGCAAUUUUCUCAUGAAGUUGGAAGAUAAUGAAUGAUGAUUUUAUGGAAUAAUGAUGUUUCAUUA